UUCUUCGCAUUCUUUCCCCUAAAAAAAAUACAUAAGUAUCGCCAUUUUUUUUUAUUGUUUCACUGUUAGUAUUAAGAUAAUUAAAAUAUAAUACAUUUACAUUUCUACUCUAUUUCACAUCAGUUUGGACUUUUGAGAACAAACUUUCAGAACAAAAUGGUUUCCUCGAAUUUACCGAGAAAAACAAAAAUUUUCGUUGGACGUUUACCCGAAAAUUGUCGGAACGAUGAGUUGCGUCAAUUAUUUCUUCGUUUCGGUGAAGUUACCGAAUGCGAUGUGAUGAAUCGUUACGGAUUUGUUCAUAUGGCUCGAGAAGAAGAUGCAGCUGCAGCAAUCAAAGCUUUACAUAAUACAAAUUUCAAAGGUGCCACGAUAAAUGUCGAACAAUCGACAGGCAAGUCACGAGGGGGUGGUCCUGUUGGUCGCAGAGAUGAUCGAAGAGGCGGGCCGAUGAGAGGCGGAAGAAGUGGCCGAGACGGUGGUCGUGACAAUCGACCUGGUCCUUAUAGCCACCGCGGAGUUUUUCCAAUCCCACGUGCUGGUUACGACGGAUUUUCUACAGGUGGUGUUGGUGGAGGAUAUGGUGAUUAUGGCAAUCGAAACAAUAAUGAUUUUGGCGGACGCGGUAAUGAUUAUUCAAGCGGUGGAUAUUCUGAUCGUGGAAAUUAUGGACAAAACGUGGGCGGUGGAGGUAUGGGAGGGUAUGGAUCAGCGCCUAACAUGGUCAGUGGAUAUGGUCCAAAUACUGGCGCCAUUGGCUAUGGCCCUGGAGGAGCUGAUUAUGGAAGAAGUAACGAUUAUGGUCGCAAUAGUGAUUUUGGAUCUCGAUCAGAUUAUGGCAACUUUCCUAGUGGAGGUGCAAUGAGCGGUGAUUUCAGUCGUAAUAUGUCAGGUAUGACAGAUUACGGACGAGUAGAUAAUUUUGGUAGAGCUGCUGACCCUUAUACUUCCAGAAAUGAUUAUGAUCGUAACACAGGCCCGAUGAGAAAUGGUAAUGCAAUAACAACGGGUGGAUAUGGAUCUGGAUAUGGGGAUGCAGGACCUCUUAGUGGUGUUCAAAGUUACGCUUCCGGAACACCUAGUUAUAAUUCUGGACCAGGACCACAAACCGAUAUGUUUAGUAGAAGACCGGUCAAUUCAGUUAAUAGUGGAGUAUAUCAACCCAUGAGUGGCGGGUAUACGGAAGCAUAUGAUAGGCCCGAUGCAUAUGGUCCCACUCGCAAUACUGGCAAUCGCUUCCCAGGUCCGGCAGAUUCGAUGCCACCAAGGUACUAAAGAGUAGAGUACUCACGAUUAAAACUGCGCACUGAUAUGGUACAUAAAAUAAGUCUUAAUGUUGCGCCGUCAAAAAAUAUGUGUUUCGUGCGCGAAAAGUGAAAAAGAAAAUACUGAACAAAUUCUACAUCAUAUCUGUUUAAACUUUUUCUUUAUUGAGUAACUUUCCGAAUAAUGACAUAAUAAAUAAUAUCGAUAUUCACCGUAUUUAAUUAUUUACCUUCUACAUUACAUUAAUAUUAAACCGUCAAGACUUCUAUGAAUGCGUUGACAUAAUAAAUUAAAAAAAAAAAAAUAUAUAUAUAUAUAUGGAGCAUUCAAUACAAAAUCAGCCACUUUUUGAGGUUUACCAUUAGGGUUUUUUCAAAAUUUUGCAUGUUUUUGAGGCUAAUGAAAAACGUGUUCACGAACUUGUUCGAAGUUCUUAAACGGCACGUUGGCAAAACCUUGUAUUUAAAACUUCUUUAUAGAGACUCCAUUUUAUGGAAACAAAAAACGUUUUAAUUUAGUAAUAAAAAUAUAUUUUUGACACUACUUGUGUCCAAACUUUAAUGAUAUUUUAUAAAAAUGAAUUACUCAAGUAUUAACGUUCGAAAAUACUCAGGGGCUAAGUACACACCUAUGGAUUACCCGAUAUGCAUACUAGGAUGACAUGAGAUGAACAUAAUGCGUACAUCCUUGCUCAUACCGAUCCUCGUCUCGUGUCUAACUAUUCUGCUUAAGCGACCCUUCCCUCCCGUCAAAAUAUUGAAUCCUAACCUUGAAAUUUGAAAAAAUGACACUUCGAACUGGAAUAACGUAACAAAACCAAAAUAACUACAUUAAAAAGUUUAUUAAUACUCGGUUACAUAUCCACAGAAAAAAUUAAUGAAUAAAAAUAUUUAUAAAAGAGAAUAACAAUAUUUUCUCUUAUUAUGGAUUCGCGACCGAAUGCUCGCCGUUUAAUAUACUUAGUAACCAGCACUAAAAUAGUCAAAUUUUUUAAGGAGUAACAUAACUCAAGCCGGAAGGCAUUUCGUUAUUACACGUACCUCGGAAAAACACGUAACUGGAGAGAAAAUUAAGGGCUCACUAUAUAGUGAAAUGGAUAUAUCCAUUCUUGCCAAUACGUAGCGGAGUAUUCAACCCACUCGAGCUCAAGGAGCAGAUGUGUUCUAUUUCAUCAAAACAUUGCACAAAAAAAAAUUUGACUUUAAUCUAGAGAAUAUUCAAUUGAGGAAAGCUUAGGUCUCAAGAAAGUUACUUUUUUUUUCUUUUUCCAUACAAUUUAAUUGAAAUUUAAAUUCACCAUUAAAUUAUUGAGUGUGAGAAUUCGUCCGAUGAGGCACAGGGCACAGGUCUAUCAUACACUGUAUCCGUGCUCGUACCCGUGCCCCGUGCGUAUGAAAUAUCUGCACGGGUGUAGUGUAUGCAUAGACCCGUGCACCGUGCCUCAUCGGACGAAUUCUCACUUCCU